AUGGGUGGUUCUACCGCUGCAGUACCUUCUGAUCUACUUUUGUCUGACUGCUCCGAUCUGAGCGACGUUCCGAGUGAUCUCCCUGACUCUUAUCCUUCAACACCGCCGCCUGCGUCAUCUUUAAUCUCGUCAGCAACAAAUGUACCUGCUUUCUCCGAGCCCGAAAGCUCGAUUGAUGCGACUACGAAUGAUGAUAAUGAACCCACCCUUACCUCCCAACCAUCACGAUUAUCCCAAGCACCAAAGAUAUCUCGCUUUUUCCCCCAACCUUUGAUUGAUCCGUCUUCUUGUCUCCCAUUCCAGCCUAUCUCCGCUCAGACAUUCGGUCUGGUCCAGGAACAACUCGCUCACGAUCCCUUUCGCCUCCUCAUUGCUACCAUAUUCCUUAAUCGUACCCGCGGUCAUGUCGCCCUCCCCGUCCUCUUCCGCGUAUUCGAUACAUACCCCUCUAUCUCAGCCUUUGCGACCGCAGACGCGACCGAGCUGACUGAGCUAAUCCGUUGUCUCGGCUUUCAACACCAACGCGCUAAGAAAUGCAUUGCUCUCGCACAGACUUGGCUGGCUCGGCCUCCUGUUCGUGGCUGUCGGUAUCGUAAACUUCACUACCCGAACCUGAACGACGGUCGUGAUGUCCGCCGCGAUGAGUGUCUAGAUGAUGAGGACGAACGUGUGGGGUGGGAAAUCGCGCAUCUUCCUGGUGUAGGUGCUUAUUCCUUGGAUAGUUGGAGGAUAUUUUGUCGAGAUGAGUUGAGGGGAGUGGGUAGGGUGAUGGCAGCGAGGUCGGAUGGUAUUGCGGAGGAGUUGGAGUUUGUGCCUGAGUGGAAGAAGGUGUUGCCAAAAGAUAAAGAGCUACGAGCCUACCUGACUUGGAUGUGGCUGAAGGAGGGUUAUGUUUGGGAUUGGCUUACGGGGGAGAGGACGGUGGCCGGGGAGAAGGUGAUGAGAGCUGCUAAGAAAGGGGGCAUUGCGAGAGAAGUGGGAGAUGGGAACUGGAUGCUAGAGACAUCGCCGGUCAAGAAGGCUGUGAAUGGGUUUACCAUGGAUGGUUAG